AUGAAGGGGGGCCAUGCCGCCCGCCGCCACGUCCUCUCCAUGGGCCGCUUCGACCUCGCCUCUAUCCCCAGUAUGGACGCCAACGGACACCGGCUGUGGCUUGCAUCGUCGAUCUGGGCCUCCGGCUGCUUCAACCGUUCCGCGACGUCGGCCAACCCGGCCUGGAUGUCGCCGUUCGAGGCCUUCUUCGGACGCAAACCGCCGCUCAAGGUCGUCCCCUUUUUCCAGGAGGGGAUGAUGCGCGUGAAGCGCGCCAGCAAGGCGGACGUCCAAUCCGUUCGUUGCUUCUACCUGCACGGAGCGCGCAACCACUCCGACACCACUGUCGUACUCCGCGCCGACACCGGCAGGAUCUGCCUGUCCAACAACGUCGUGUGGAUCAACCGCCGCACCGCCGUGCCGGCGCCGGUACCGGCCAGCGGGGGGGGUUCUUCGGUCACCGCGGCGCCCUCGCCGGCCGCCGCCGCUCCUACAGCCGCUGCCGCACCGCCACCGCCAUGGACAUCGCGGACCCGCUGCCGCACCGCCACCGCCAUGGACAUCGCGGACGUACACCCACACCCCGCCCACAGCGACUACCGCUACGCAGCAGCCGGCUUCGCCGCCGCCAGCUUCUCCGUCGAUCUUCACAGGGUCCGGAGCUCCGUCGCCGAUCUCCACGGCAUCGUCGAGUGCACCGCUGUCCACCGCAGCCACGCCGCCCCGUCCACCGCACGGAAGCGCCGCCGCUCCCGCUCCCCAUCACCCGCCGCUUUCACAGCGAGCCGUCAGAGAGUUGGGCGAGAAAGAAACCAGGGUGGCGGCACCGCUCUCCAACACCGCCUUGGGCUGCUGUCGAUGAUGGGCAAGGAUGCGCUCGUCUCGUCGCUCGCCACCCGGGAAGCCGUCGAUCAAGGACGUCGAGACCUGCCACCGUCCGCCAACAUCGCCCCUCCCGCUCCCCCACAGCCGCAAGAUACGAGUUUAGCAGGCCAUGGGAGCGGGGGGGCCGCAGGAGCUCGGGGGCCGGGGGGCCUGCACAUGUUCGCAGCAAUGUUCGCCACCCGCGAGGAUGUGGAAGCCACUCUUCGUGCCAAGCGCCCUCCUGACAAGACGCCAGACCUUCCUCACUGCCUCGCCAGCGACCUCCGAGUGCCGAAAACGUUCAAGGAGGCCAUGCGGUCUCAACAUUCAGAGUUGUGGGAUGAUGCAGUCGGUCGUGAGUUUUUCGGUCUGCUGGAUGCAGGUACUUUUAGUCCGGUGUAGCAACCAGUAGAAAACUUCAUCAACGCCAAGUGGGUAUUCAACUGUAAGGCAGACGAGUACGGAUGGCCGACGAA